UCACGCACGGAACUAUUAUAAUUUCACAAGUUUAUUUCAAUUACCGUGUUCUUGUGUAACAUAAAUAAACGAAACAAUAUAGUAAUACUAAUUUUAAACAGUGUUCUAGUGGCAUUGUGUUGAUAAAAGUGUUAAAACAACUUUAUGUUUGGUCAAUCAAAAUAGUGUCGUGAAUCAAGAUGAGUAACUUCACAAAGUUUAUGAAAACUACGCCGAUCACGGAUGAUUAUGAAAUCUCCAACACUGUUCUUGGCCUUGGCAUCAACGGAAAGGUGGUGGAGUGCAAAGAAAAAUCAACAGGGGCGAAACGUGCACUGAAAGUUUUACACGACAACGCCAAAGCACGUCGAGAAGUUGAGCUGCAUUGGAGAGCAAAUGGAUGCAUUCAUAUUGUCCAGGUCAUCGAUGUAUAUGAAAACACGUAUGGAGGCCGAGGCUGUCUCCUGGUCGUGAUGGAGUGCAUGGACGGAGGAGAGCUGUUCCAGAGGAUCCAGGAUAAUAGGGAAGGUGCCUUCACUGAAAGACAGGCUGCUGAGAUUAUGCACUCAAUAUGCGUCGCAGUCCGUCACUUACACGACUCGAACAUUGCUCACCGGGACAUAAAACCGGAGAACUUGCUGUAUACAAGCACACAACCGAAUGCUGUGCUUAAGUUGACAGAUUUCGGCUUCGCUAAGGAGACUCUGACACCGGCAGAUACGCUGCAAACUCCUUGCUAUACGCCGUAUUAUGUGGCUCCAGAGGUACUAGGCCCAGAGAAAUAUGACAAAUCCUGCGAUAUCUGGUCAUUAGGCGUCGUCAUGUAUAUUCUUCUGUGCGGAUUCCCACCUUUCUACUCGAAUCACGGUCUCGCUAUAUCGCCUGGAAUGAAAAAGCGCAUCAGACUAGGCCAAUACGACUUCCCGGAGCCUGAAUGGUCUAACGUGUCAUCUGAGGCCAAGAAUCUGAUCCGCGGGAUGCUGUCCGUCGACCCGGCUAAGAGAUUAUCUAUACAACAAGUAAUGUCAAGCCCCUGGAUCCGCCAGUUCACGCAAGUCCCCCAAACGCCCCUGUACACUCACACCCUACUGCGGGAGAGUGGCGAGGUGUGGGCGGACGUGCAGGAUGAGAUGACUCGCUCGCUGGCCACCAUGCGGGUGGAUUACGAUCAGGUGACGGUCCAAAUCAAAGCGUUGGAACAGAGCAACAAUUCACUCCUUAACAAACGGAGAAACAAAGUGGGCGCCUGAUACAGCAGUUUAGAAGACUUGCGCCGUUAAAUACGUACACACGUACAAAACGACGGUAGUGCAAAAACUUUUAUGUGAUACGAGUACUUUGAGUUCUAUAUUUGAAUCCGUUUCGCAGUUUGGUGUCAGCGCCAUCUAGUUGGCUUAGUGAGCAACUUUUUGGUGAUUUCCGAUAACGUGUGUGUUUUAAUUGUGGAGAAUAUCAAUGAAUAUUAAAUAUUGAAGAUUGUAUGGUGGCACCGCGUCUUAUAUACAGUUGACAGCUGUCAGUUUUCAAGGGAUGAUAGCAUUUUUUGUACCGACUUAAAGCCACUGUCGACUGCACUGAAAAACGGUCAGAUUUUAGGAAAGCGUCAAUCUUUAUGUCGGCUCGGUCUAACUGUUUUUAGGUUAGGCAGGUACCGGAGAUGCGAGAGAUCCCCAUAUGUAUAUCUGAGCUCGGAAUUUAAAUGCGAACCGCCAUUAUGUUUGGCGACAGCAUACUAUGAAUUUUGAUACCCGAAUCAUGUCAAAAGUUAUCAAUAUUUUUGUGAACGACCUUUUAAUGAAAUAAAUUGAUUAAAAUAGAGAAAAAUGGAUUUUCCCAUAAGCUAUGGUUGACUUUAGUCUCAUCUAGGCGUUCCAUAGAUAGAUGAUAUAUUUAUUUUGCAUGAUAUUUUUUUUAAUUCUUCAAUAUGUUAUUGGAAAUCACUAAAUUGUAAAAUGCAUUGUAAAAGUAUUAACAUCAAAUAAAUGUUUAGAAUAAAAAUAUGUAAUUUAGAAUCAUUUAGUAUAUAUUGGAAAAUUAUAUCAAGAAUUCAUUCUUCAAGUUAGUAAAAGAAAAUUUAUUUUUAUAUUCACAAAAUAUAUGUUAGAAAAGUCGGUUUACGCCAUUAUUUAUUGAGUACAAAAAUAAAUGUAUUUUCUCACUCAAACUGAUUCAAAAUUAUUUUUCUAAUAUUUUUGUGUAAAUAUUAUUUAAGCACCUACCUGUCUUUCGUACAUUCACAUAAUUAAAUAAUUCAAUUCAAUUAAUCAACAACUACUAAAUACAUAACCUUUUAUAUUAGUUUCAAUAAAAAGUUAUAAAAAUCUGAGUAUUUCGUAAAUAAUGAUGCAAUCCGACUUUUAAGUAUUUAAAAAUAAAAUAAUCUAUUUUGUCUAUAGAUUAUAUUUUUUCAGACUACAUAAUUCGAUAUCACAAUUUUUAUUUCUAUUCUAGUUUUUAAGUAUUAAGAUUAAAUAAAUUUCGUAUUUAAGCUCAAUUUCCUUUUUUGGGGAGAUUAAUGUAUUUUUAAAGUAUGAUAAAUUUAUACUAAUUUGUUAGUAAAAUGAGUCAUUGGACAUCUUUGGCAGUCGUUACGGGUAGUCAGAAGCCAGUAAGUCUGACAACCAGUUAAACCAAGGCGUAUCGGGUUGCCUAGCUAGGUAACUGGGUUGACGAAGUCAGAUAGGCAGUCGCUCCUUGUAAAACACCGGUACCCAGCUACUAACAAAAGUAUAGAUUUAUCAGACUUUAAGACAUUUCGUAGUUGUAAUCUAAUAAAUGAUUGUAUUAAUUGUCUAUAAAUGGGGUAUUUUUACUAAAAAUCCUAGGUAUUUACAAAUACUAUAUAUUUGCGUCCGCCUGCAGUUUCACCCCUCGUCCUGAGAUAACUGCUUCCCGUAGCCGGAUGGUAACAAAAACUAUCAUAUGUCCUUCUCCCGGGUGUAAGAUACCCGCUUUCUAUUUUCAGCAGAAAGGGCCAUUUUUGAGUUAUAAGUAGCAUAAUUAACACAGCUUUCUUUUAUUAUAUCGAUUUCAAGAUUUCCAAAUUUAAAAUUGGUCAGAUAGAGCAGUCGCUCCUUGUAAAACACUGGUACUUAGCUACAUCCGGUUAGACUGGAAGCCGACCCCAACAUAGUUGGGAAAAAAGGCUCGGAGGAUGAGGAUGAUAGAUUUCAAAAUUAUUUUUUCUUUAUCAAAAAAUCAUGACGCUUAUUCUUUCUCAAAUUGAUUUAGUAUCUGUAAAUAACUUGGAUUUUCUUACAAAAUAAAUACAAUUUGACAUCACAAGCUAUGUUAUGAAACUGCUAUAGUAAAACAGAUUUCUUAAAAAUAAAUACAAAUGGUCUUACUACAAAAACUUAAACAUCUGUUGAACACUUGACUAAAAAAAAGUGUGGCUGCAAAAUGGACCUUAUUUCAACGUCAUAUACUGAUUUUUUAGACAAGUGUUCAACAGACGUUUAAAAGUGUUUGUGGUACGACGGUUUAUGUCUUACCUCGAUAUACUCAAACGUUACUUAACUUCAAUUUUUUAAAAACAUACAGAGAUAGAAUAAUUUUUGAGCUGUUUUUAAAUUUGAAUGACGUUUCUGUAUUCGGCUGUUUGAUAUUUAUUUAUUGGACAUAUACAUUGAGAAAUAUAACUUUAUAAAAAUCUUUGUUCUAAAUAAUUAUUGGAAUUUAACUGUCUCAUUGGAACUAAUACAAAAUUAAUAUGAGUUAAUACGCUAUCUCGGUAAAUUGGCUUGAUCGAUUGGUAUGAAAUUUGAUGUUUUUUGAGAUGCUUUAGUUUAAAAUGAAAUAGUUACUUAACUCUGGUGCAAUCACGAGAAAAAAUUAAGCUACAUAUACAUAGAAGUCACAGGAUCUCCUAUACAUUGUUGUAAAUAAUUUACAUGUGAUUUUUAAGCCAUAAAAAUACACUUAAUAUUUACCAUGGAGAACAAAAUGACUAGCGGAGUUGUCAUAACGCAAAAUCUCCUAAGAAAGUAGCGCGACAACAUGCGGGUGCGAGGGGGACGAGGAACGUUACUAGCUCCGCCCUUAUAUGCCUUCUUUGGAACCCACUCAUUUUGUGUAAUACCAAAAUCGUUGACAGAUUCUCAAAGAACACGAAUGCCUCGUUAGUUCACUCGUAACUGAUAGUUUCAGUCAUAUGUACCUUACAUGUUCGACCUACAAGAAGGCUCUGACCUACCUGUGUUAUGGCAUCUCCGCUUUUUCCUUACUCCGUGAUACUAACCCAUAACAAAGGAUUUUCUUUAAAUUAAGCUGAGUUUACACUUGCGACAAAAAAAUCGCAAAGUCGUAUGUUUAUGCCAGCCUUUAUUAUAUUAGACUUCACACGUUCACAAGUUGUGAUUAGAAUGUAAUUAGUUUUUAAAUAAAUGUUACUUAAUUUGCUUAAUUAAUAGGACAUGAUUAGAAUUAACUAUUGGUAGAAAACUAUACUCUAUUCGAGUGUUCACUUAACUAAAGAUAAACAAUCUUGGUACUUUUGAAUUUUUAUUUAAAAACUCAAUAAAAAAAAUAGUUUAAAAAACUAAAAAGCACGCUAGUCAUGUAUUGUCAUCAGAACUCGGAGCGUGUGCAAAAUUUAAUCCUAAUCGAAGACCGGGAAGUGGGUCACAUUAAGAUUCCAAGAUUUUCUUACAUACAUAGUUACAAGUGAAGCUAAUAUAAGCGUGUUAAAAUAAAGUGGGGUUUAAAAUUAAUAAUUAUAACUAUUACUUAAUCGAUUGAAUCAUUAUUUUAAACCGUAGUCCGUCCGUCCGUCUGUCACCAGGCUGUAAUCUCAUGAACCGUGAUACUUAAAGAGCUGAAAUUUUCACAGAUGAUGUAUUUUUGUUGCCGCUAUAACAGCAUAUGCUGAAAACUAGAACGAAAUAAAUAUUUGGGGGCUCCCAUACAAAAAAA